GGCAGUUUUGCUCUGUCCUUCGCAGCUUGGAGAGCGCCGUCUAGAUUCUUUUUUUUGUGUUGUUGUUCCCGUUCUGUUUGUGUGUGGAAGAUUGAAACGGGUUCAGAUGUGUGGAUUAUUUUCGGAAAGUUUUUCGCAACCAUACGACGAGCAGCAGUGAGGGGGAAAACUAGUUUAAUUACGUCAUAUCAAUUAAGGGGGAACGACGAGGCACACGCACGCUGAACAGUGCUGGUUUUUCGGAAGUUGCAGUUUGAACAAAUUCGACGAAAUUCAGAAUCUGGAGCUACGAAUUUGGAUUUAUCGUUGCUAACGUCAGUCAGUCAGUCAGAUAUGUGUGUUUUUGAGAUCAGUUAUUUCUCAUCUGGACCCACAAGCUGUCAUCGUCAACAUUCUCAUCAUCGUCAUCAUCAACAUCAUCAGUGAGCGAACGCGAUCAAACUGAGAACUGAGAGAUCAGUGAGAGAGAGCGAAACUCCAGCGCAAAGAUUUGUAAACAGACACAGGAUCGGAGCGUUAAACUGGAAGCUGUUUUCCACUCAGUAUCCGUUCAACCAUCGCAACCGUUGGAUAGUCUAGAGGCUUUUUGUUUUUGUAUUCUUUCUUCAGACUAUCCUUCUAAAAAGAAAAACAAGUGAGACAAAAACAGAGAAAUUCAAAAUGACCGCACAAGUUCUAUCGACACCACGGGAUUAUACGGAUAACAAAGGAAAGGAAGAUCAAUCGUACAGUUUGACCGGACCAUCGGUUUCCUAUCACAUAGAAGCGAAUCGGUACGAGUCAUUCCGGAACUGGCCAGUGUUAUUCAUCAGUAUAACCGAACUUGCCCGGUACGGUUUUUACUAUGUGGGACCGAACGAUAUGGUCAAGUGUUACUUUUGUCGGGUCGAAAUCGGUUUGUGGGAACCGACCGAUAAUGUGCUUUCGGAACAUUUAAGAUGGUCACCGUACUGUCCGCUGUUGCGGAAACGUCCGACAAACAAUGUGCCGAUCGAUGGUAGUUUCCUGGAUCAGCUUCCCGAGCCCAGCUAUGACACGUGCGGCAUACGGAUACGGGAAAAUUCCGUAGCGGAAAAUGGCUACUCGUCGUCGGACAGAAGCAGCACCGGUUCGCUGUCAUCGCCGCCCAGUUCUCUAACGUCCGAAUCGAGCAUGAUGUCGGGUGAUCGAGCGGUUUCCGAGCCACACCAUCCGCCGGAACCGCAGCAAAGACGGCCCGAGUAUCCUAACUAUGCCAUCGAAGCUAAACGGUUGGAAAGCUACGAGGAUUGGCCGAAGUUUAUGAAACAAAAACCCAAGGAGCUCAGUGAUGCAGGUUUUUUCUAUACCGGCAAGAGUGAUCGAGUCAAAUGUUUCAGCUGUGGAGGGGGGCUGAAAGACUGGGAAGCCGAAGAUGAACCCUGGGAACAGCAUGCCAUGUGGUAUAGUAAUUGUGAGUACCUGAAACUAAUGAAGGGAGAAGAGUAUAUCGCCCAGUGUUUGGAGAAGAAAAAUAACCCACCCACAACGUCCGAACAACAGCAAGUGCACCAACCUCAGGAUUUUGGCCCUUCACGUUCACCACAGCCUUCGACCUCGAGAAUGGCAUCGUCGGCGAACGGUUCACAGCCUUCAUCCGAAUCGUCUAGUUUAAGUACAUCGUUUGAAGAUGUUAACCCUAGCUUCAGCACGCUACGCAACAGUCAAUCACCUGUAGACCAAACCGCUAGCAGUGGUAUCGAGGAGGACGAAGAUGAACCCAACCGAAAGUUGGACACCAGCCGAACGUGCAAAAUUUGCUAUGUUAACGAGUACAACACGGCGUUUUCGCCGUGCGGUCACGUGGUAGCUUGUGCAAAGUGUGCCUCUUCGGUCACCAAGUGCCCACUGUGUCGGAAACCAUUUACCAACGUGAUGCGAAUCUAUCUUAUGUGAAACGGUCCAUCAAAAAACACACUGGACGUAAAUUGGUUGAACGCCUAGACCACCCAUCCUGUGGUCUGAAUGCUGCUCAGUUUUAUGGGAGUCCUUGUUACAAAAAAAAGUCGCGUAUGGGCAGAGUGGGAACCUGCUGAGCAAGUUGAUAUCUUAACGUUAUUUAAUAAAAAAUUAACAUAUAGCAUGUUUAUUAUUUAUCUAUCGUUUCAAACAGAACAAAAGUACAGAAAUUGCAGGUUUUUUGUUUUUCAAUUGCAAAUCAACAAUCAUUUGAGCGAAUAACAAAAAAAAUCGCAGCAAGCGUGUGGUAUUUUUUUUCUUCUUUUCAUUGCGUGACUCUUAUAUAUCAUAGACUCCCGGUAGCCGAAGGGUUCAAUCACAGCUACACCGUAAACAGAGAUUCGUACUGAAACGAAUAUGGUUUACUUUUGCUCAGGUUGUGAACCAUUUCGUGAAUGGGUUCUAGUGUAAAUCAUUCACGGAAUGGUUCACGGUCUUUGUAAUGUAUCCUACCUAGUGUGUGCAUUGCUUGCAGUGCUACUACUAAUUUUUACGCUUGCUUCACACUGAUACACAUGAUCAUUUCUGUAUAUAGAUACAUUUUAAAACUUUGGAAUUCACAUAAUUAGACUAGGACUUUAUUAUAUUAUAAAAAUGGAAAAAAAAUCGAAGAUAAAGAAUGUAACUGAAA